CAGUCAGUGUACAGCAUAAAGCGCGUCGGCUCGCGGCUCGGCGUCAGUCGAAUUCGAUCCCCGGUGCCGCGCGGUCACAGCCCCCCCCGCGACAUAUAACACACAUAACCUGUUGAACGCGAGUUGAGCGUCGCUUUUUGUCCUGCUCUCUCCCUCUUCUCGCGCUUGCGCGCACACUCCGCCCUCCGCAUACUUAUAUAUACCUGUAUACAGUGCAUCCAACGCGUUGUUGUGCUCGCCUUUCUCCCAUAUCAUUGCAUAGAGAGCGCAGUCGCGAUCGGACGAACGGCGUAUAACCCGCACGUUAUAUUCCAGAGGUUUCGUAACCUGUUUUGCUUUUCGGCGUUGCUGCUGCCGGCAUCCCAUCCUCCCUCUUCUUCUUCUUCUUCUUCUUCUUCUUCGUUCUCUUGUCUUCGUUAUAACCGACGCCGCCGCCACCGCCUCAGUCGAGUUAUUUAGCCGCGCGCGAGACGCUGCGUAUUUUCCCCCAACUGCCACAGAGAGGGACGCCGUAGUGCAACCGACUUUUUUCUCCCCGAGGAAGCCAGGAUCUCAUAACCGUCAAGAUGAACUGCGGAAUGGAGUGCGUCAAGUACCUGCUCUUCAUAUUCAACUUCGUUUUCGCCUUGGGAGGAUUGGCGAUUUUGAUAUGCGGCAUCCUGCUGCAGAUAGCCAUAUCCGACGUGAAGACGGCUACACCUGAAAUUCCAACUUCGAUGCCCAUAACUGUUCUCAUAAUCGUUGGCGCUGUCAUCUUCAUCAUCGCCUUCUUCGGAUGCUGCGGAGCCAUUCGCGAAAGCCACUGCAUGAUCAUUACUUUUGCCGUGCUGCUGUUGACUCUGCUCGUCAUCCAAGUUGCCGUAGCCGCGUAUGCAUUUGUCCAAUUCAAGGGAGACGAUUCCAAGGGUAAGAUCGAAGACCUUAUACACGAUAUGGUCAACAAGUACUUCGACGACAAGAAGUACCAGGACGCCGUCAAUGCCAUGCAAACAUUCGCCCAGUGCUGUGGAUACAACAGUUACAGAGACUACACAAACAACGACAAAAAUAUAAAUGGAAGCAUUCCUUACUCUUGCUGCGACAUCAACGAAGGCAAGACGUGCUCCGUUGAUCAAAUCAAGUUCCACGACGGCUGCCGCGACAAAGUCUACACCCUAUACAAGAAGUUCUCAAAUGGCUUGGCCGGUUUGGCCAUUGGCAUUGCCGUCGUAGAGCUGAUUGGCAUAAUCUUCUCCUUCUGCCUUGCGAAUUCGAUACGAAACGUUCAACGCCGAGGAUACAAAGUUUAAACAGCAAACGAAAAGGCACGAAAGCUUUAAUUUCUUCAACCAGAAGUUUUCUACUUUAUCCUAAAUGAUAGGUUAACGAAUAAAAAAAGUGAGCGCCAAACACUGAAAGUAUAAGAUGGAAAAUCACUAAGCUCUAAGUUCAUGUUUUCUCGGAAUGAAAAAUAGCAUGUACCUGCGCUACUUGUGAAAGUACUAUUUGUAAGACUACUACCUAUUUAUCGAGAUGUCAUAAAAGUGACUUUUUCAUUCAAGAUUUAUCUAUGCAAUGCAACUGAAAGAAAAAUUAAACUACAUUGAGAUAUUAUAUGGUUCUCAUAUAAUUGCCAGAUUUUAACGAUUGAUCAAUAAAUGUUAAAAACAAAUAAUAUUAAUAAUAUCAAUAACGUCUGACCGUACAGUAUGAAUAUUUAGUCUGUUAAGGAACACGAAGCUUUACCUCAUUUGAUUGAAUUUUCUUACAGUUAAUAUAGAAAGCUCUUAACACAUUCUCAUCGUUUGUAAUAAAAAGACAUGCAUCUUGCAAUUUGUAUUCAAAAUUAUUGUUCACGAAUACACAUAUAUAUUUUUUUGUAACUAACAAACUUGUGAAUCAACGAAAUUGUUUGAAUUAAAAAUAUAAUAUAUGGCACGUUGAAUCCGUGCAGGGUUCAAUAUACAUUUUUUGCUACUGAAGUUUAGAUUUAAGGUAUUAUGUAUAACACUAAUAGUUGAUAAACCAGUUGUCUUGAAAUACUUUUUUCAUACGAAUAUAUAUAAAAGUAUAUAUACGAAAUAUUUGAAAAUAGUAUAUUGUCCGUUUCAUUUUAUAUUGCGCGUUCAGUGUCGAAUUUGAUCAGUUUAAUGUUAGUAAAAGAUUUUGCACGCUUGAAAAAUAAAAUUAUUUUGUGAAGAAAUGUCUGUUCUUUUUCAAUUACUAAUAUGAGACGUCGUCGCAUGAUGUUGAGGGUGUCAAGAAUGUUAAUGAAGUACCAAGAAUAUAAGUAUAUUGUCGUUAUUUAUUAAGUUUAAGAUAAGGUAUAACUUACAUCUGUUCUCUAUUAUACAUACUAUUUACAAAUUUUGUUUCGUACUCAGAAUCAGCUGAUUAUAAAGUAACUGAGUUUGUACUCAAAAAAUAUCUAACUUUCAUACUGUUAUUAACUGCUACGAAAUUCAGAAUAAAUUACGCACUUUAUCACUAUUACUCAUGUACUUAUGCUUCGCGUUUGGAAAAAUUUGGCAUGCUAAGCAACUCAUAAUAGAUAAAGCAUACUUCAUCAACAAAGUGUUCGCUUUUUAAAGUGGGUUCUGUAAGCCACGGCCUUUAAAAAUUUAAUAUUGUUUUCAAUAUACCUCCAAACUAUUUAUCGUGCCUAACAUGUAAUGUAAAAUAGGUAUUUCCAUUCUUUCAACUCACAAUGCUAUGAGUAAAUAGUAAACAUUAUGUACUAGUUAGUGAAACUAUUGUAGUAAUUUGACCAACUGUAAAUAUUUUUCCAAGCUAAAGUAAGUUUCUUGGGGUGUACUGCAUGAUGUUCGCACAAGUUGAGUCUAUUACUUUCGCUUCUUUUGUAAUACGUACUUUUCACUAAGACACUUACUAUCGACUACAAAAUAUUAUUUCAAGAGUACAUUACUGUUAAAUAGUUUUCAAUUUUUUUUCAAAUUUCAUCGGUUGACUUCUUGCAUAGUAAGGAAAGUUAGAGUUGAGUGUCCUUUCUUAAAGUACAGAAAUACAAAUGAAAAAAUAUUUAAAGGACAAGACUCAAUGAAGGAACAUGUUUCUGUAUAAGUUUACAAAUGUGACUCGAAACGAAUAAAUAUUAAAGUUA